UUACAACCACAAAACUUUUCCUCCAUUUUCGUCGCGCAACGGGUUUUUGCCUUUAUUUUGUCCGUGUUUUAUCAGCAAUGGCGAGAGCGCUGCUGUGCUCUCAUCUGCUUCCUUCUAUAUCAUCCUCUCUUCCACGCAAGUCUUCUCUCCUACUCCAAUGGCCGAGCAUCUCAAAAACCUCGCACUCGUUGCUAUUGAUAAACCGCCGCUUCUCAGCCGCGAAGAUAAGCAUGAGCUUGAGAGCCGGCAUUGUCGGCCUCCCCAACGUCGGCAAGUCCACGCUCUUCAACGCCGUUGUUGAGAAUGGAAAAGCCCAGGCUGCUAAUUUUCCCUUUUGCACAAUAGAACCGAAUGUAGGGAUUGUUGCUGUUCCAGAUCCACGUCUCAAUGUGCUGUCUGAGCUUAGCAAAUCUCAACGAGCUGUCCCAGCUUCCAUAGAGUUUGUUGAUAUUGCUGGUCUCGUAAAGGGAGCCAGUCAGGGGGAGGGUUUAGGUAAUAAAUUCUUAUCGCAUAUUCGUGAAGUGGAUUCCAUACUUCAGGUGGUUCGUUGUUUUGAAGAUAACGACAUUAUUCAUGUGAACGGAAAAGUUGAUCCAAAAUCUGACAUUGACGUCAUCAAUUUGGAGUUAGUCUUUUCAGAUCUGGAUCAGGUUGAGAAAAGAAUGGAUAAACUCAAGAAAGGCAAAGCUAAAGACCCACAGUCAAAGAUGAAGGAGGAAGCAGAAAAGUCUGCCCUGGAAAGGAUCCAGCAGGCACUGAUGGAUGGAAAACCAGCACGAUCAGUAUCUUUAACAGAUUUUGAAAAGGAUGCUGUAAGGCAUCUUUGUUUACUUACCAUGAAACCUGUCAUAUAUGUAGCAAAUGUGGCAGAAUCUGAUCUAGCUGAGCCUGGAAAAAAUUCUCAUGUUGAAGACGUGAUGGACCUUGCUUCUGAACUGCAAUCUGGACUAAUAACCAUCUCAGCACAGGUUGAAGCAGAGCUUACUGAACUUCCACCAGAAGAAAGGAUUGAAUAUUUGACGUCCCUUGGAGUCAAUGAAAGUGGGCUAGGAAAUCUUAUAAGGGCAACAUACAGCCUUCUAGGACUUCGUACUUAUUUCACUUCUGGCGAGAAGGAAACAAAAGCUUGGACCAUACGAUCAGGAAUGACUGCACCUCAAGCAGCUGGUGUUAUACAUUCAGAUUUUGAGAGGGGCUUUAUUCGAGCAGAAACGGUUGCCUAUGAUGAUUUUGUAGCUGCUGGUUCAUUUGCAGCAGCGAGGGAGAAGGGACUGUUGAGGUCAGAGGGAAAAGAUUACGUCGUACAAGAAGGGGACAUCAUGCUAUUUCGCUUUAACGUCUAAUAGGAUAUACAUUGAUGGUGAAUUGCCUUGUAUACAUGAUCAAGACACAGGAUCCUGGAAAUCUUACAUGAAGAUCAUGUUCAUGUCAAUAAGCCCAUCUCGGACGUUGAAUGGUUGGAACCAAUUCAACAACAUGCUCGAUGUGGAGUAGAUUACAAAUCACAAGUUUUGCUCGAAAUUUACUGGUUCAUGGUUUUAGCUAUGACAUGUUUCUAAAUUCUUGAGAUACAAAUAUUUCAUAUUCCCGGCUUUUUUGGGUAUAAUACAUAAUAAAACUAAUGAUUCAUCCAGUUAA